GAGCUGUGCCGGGUGCGCAGAGGCAGUGCGCUCCUAGCGGCAGCGCUGUUCCAAAAACCAAACAGACAGAAAGAGAGGAGAAGGAUGUUGAAGUGACUUGUGGCGUGACUGCACACUUACACGUCUAUAUUCCCAAGCACAUGGGUCUUCUGGGAGCUGGGUCCCUGCGUAAUAAAGCAACUUUUUGGGGGAGAGCGCAGGAGUUGGAGGCUGGUUGUGACCAUGUGUUGAACUGGGGAGAAGAUUGUGGCUUUUUAUUUUUGAAAGGUGCCAAAGACGCGUCUCAAGGAACCGAGGGCAUGCGGAGAAGUGCAUAGCCUGUAGCUGCGUUUCUUUUCCAGCGUGGACUUCAAUUCCUCCCCCCGACUCCCUGUGUGGGCUUCAUCCUGCCGGGGAACCGGCACAGCUUGCGGAUGAACCCACCGGACACACGCGGAUAAUUUUACGCAAACACGGAGAGUUUGGUUGGAAGGGUUUGCUGGAUAUUCACAACCCGCGCUGCUCCGGGUGACCUGCGGUUCAAUGGAUCCUCUCUGCUUUUGGACAUUUAAACUGGCUGCUGUCAGUGAGUAAACCUCUGCGUGUUCACGCCACAGAAACACGGAGCCCACUCGGCUGUCAUUAUUUUUUUUUUGGACAUAUUAUUUUUGUUGUGCGGUGAGAUUGGAGGAUUUGCGCGCCCGCCGUGGAUGUUUAAUAUGCUAGUAUGGGUCCGCUAGCGUUCAUCCUUGUUGGUGGAUUACUGUAUUUUCAAGCUGAUGGAUCCCGUCUGCGCCAGGAGGACUCCCCACCCCGGAUUGUGGAGCACCCCUCUGACCUGAUUGUCUCCAAGGGGGAACCCGCCACCCUCAACUGUAAAGCAGAGGGGCGGCCGACCCCGACAGUGGAGUGGUACAAGGAUGGAGAGCGGGUGGAAACGGACAAAGACGACUCACGUUCUCACCGCAUGCUGCUGCCCAGCGGCUCGCUUUUCUUCCUGCGUAUCGUUCACGGACGACGGAGCAAACCGGAUGAGGGAGCCUAUGUCUGCGUGGCACGGAACUACCUGGGAGAAGCUGUCAGCCGCAAUGCAUCUUUGGAAGUAGCAUUGCUACGAGAUGACUUCAGACAAAACCCUACAGACGUGGUGGUGGCAGCAGGAGAGCCAGCGAUCCUCGAGUGUGUUCCUCCCAGAGGCCAUCCGGAGCCCACCAUCUACUGGAAGAAGGACAAAGUGCGAAUUGAUGACAAGGAUGACAGGAUCACAAUCCGAGGAGGGAAACUAAUGAUCUCCAACACGAGAAAGAGUGACGCCGGCAUGUACAUCUGUGUGGGCACCAACAUGGUCGGAGAAAGGGACAGCGAGACUGCACAAGUCACAGUGUUUGAGCGACCAACCUUCAUCCGGAGGCCCAUCAACCAGGUGGUCCUGGAGGAGGAGACCGUGGAGUUUCGCUGCCAGGUACAAGGAGAUCCCCAACCCAAUGUACGCUGGAGGAAAGAUGAUAUCGAUGUUCCUCGUGGGCGGUAUGAGAUCAAGUAUGACAAGGAGGACUAUGUGCUGAGAGUGAAGAAGGCUUCCGUCAACGACGAGGGCAUGUUCACCUGUGUGGCAGAGAACCGCGUGGGAAAGCUGGAGGCCUCGGCCACUCUCACAGUCAGAGCUCGCCCUGUCGCUGCACCCCAGUUUGUCAUCCGUCCAAGGGACCAAAUUGUGGCUCAAGGCCGCACUGCCAGCUUCCCGUGUGAAACCAAAGGAAACCCUCAGCCUGCUGUCUUCUGGCAGAAGGAGGGAAGUCAGAAUUUGCUCUUUCCAAACCAACCCCAGCAGCCCAACAGUCGCUUCUCAGUGUCGCCCAGCGGAGACCUCACCAUCACGUCUGUGCAGCGGACAGAUGCUGGUUACUAUAUCUGCCAGGCCCUGACCGUUGCAGGCAGCAUCCUCGCCAAGGCUCAACUGGAGGUCACAGAUGUGCUCACAGACAGACCGCCGCCCAUUAUUCGCCAAGGCCCGUCCAAUCAGACGCUCGCGGUGGACAAUGUGGCACUUUUGAAGUGCCAGGCAUCGGGAGACCCCAUCCCCUCUAUCAGCUGGCUGAAGGACGGGGUCAGUCUGCUGGGAAAGGACCCGCGCAUGUCUCUGCAGGAGCUGGGCAGCCUGCAGAUCAAAAACAUUAAGCUCUCCGACUCUGGGAUUUACACGUGUGUGGCCACCAGCUCCAGCGGUGAAACAUCAUGGAGUGCUUUCCUGGAAGUCAAAGAAUCCGGUGGAGUGAUUGUCGUGAAGAACCAUGAUGAGAAUGAGCUUCCAGGUCCACCAUCUAAACCUCAGGUCACUGACGUCACCAAGAACAGUGUGUCCUUGUCCUGGCAGCCUGGGCUGACUGGGGCUUCACCCGUCUCCUCCUAUGUCAUUGAAGCAUUCAGUCAAUCAGUGAGCAACAGCUGGCAAACGGUAGCAGAUCACAUCAAAACCACCCAGUUCACUGUCAAAGGUCUCCGUCCCAACACCAUCUACCUGUUCAUGGUCCGAGCCGUCAACAGCCAGGGCCUCAGUGAUCCCAGCCCCAUGUCGGAUCCUGUCAGAACACAAGACAUAAGUCCUCCAGCUCAGGGUGUCGACCACAGGCACGUGCAGAAAGAACUUGGCGAAGUCAUAGUUCGGUUGCACAACCCGGUCGUUCUGAGUCCCACAACCAUUCAGGUCACAUGGACGGUGGAUCGUCAGUCCCAGUUUAUCCAGGGUUACAGAGUUCUGUACAGGCAAACAUCAGGACUGCCUUCGCCAGGACCCUGGCAGACCCAGGAUGUGAAGGUCCCUUCUGAGCGCAGCGUCAUCCUCUCCGCACUCAAAAAAGGAAUCGUGUACGAGAUCAAGGUUCGGCCUUAUUUCAACGAGUUUCAAGGCAUGGACAGUGAAUCCAGGACGGCACGGACGACUGAAGAAGCUCCCAGUGCUCCUCCUCAGCAGGUAACAGUCCUGACUGUGGGAAACCAGAACAGCACUUCCAUUAGCAUCUCCUGGGACCCCCCUCCAUCAGACCACCAGAACGGCCUCAUACAAGAGUACAAGAUCUGGUGUUUGGGCAACGAGACACGUUUCCAUGUAAAUAAGACCGUGGACGCAGCCAUUCGCUCUGUGGUGGUGGGUGGGCUGCAGGUGGGAGUGGUGUACCGAGUGGAAGUGGCUGCCAGCACAAGCGCGGGGGUUGGAGUGAAGAGCGAACCUCAGUCUAUCAUCAUCGGUAAGGAGUUUCGGGACGUGAUUAUACACGGAAACCGGAACAACAGCAUCACGGAGCAGAUCACUGAUGUGGUGAAGCAGCCUGCUUUUAUCGCGGGUAUCGGCGGGGCCUGCUGGGUCAUCCUCAUGGGCUUCAGCAUCUGGCUGUACUGGAGGAGAAAGAAGAGGAAGGGCCUGAGCAACUACGCAGUUCAGUCCUUCACCUUCACCCCUGCAGUGACCUUCCAGAGAGUCGAUGGCGGCCUGAUGAGCAAUGGAAGCCGGCCGGGACUGUUGACUGCCGGUGACCCCGGCUACCCCUGGUUAGCGGACUCCUGGCCAGCCACCAGCCUGCCUGUCAACAGCGGCUCUGGGGGACCCAAUGACCUGAGUAACUUUGGGCGAGGAGAUAUCCCCAAUGGUCAAGGGGAUAAGACGGGCACCAUGCUCUCUGAUGGAGCCAUCUACAGCAGCAUAGACUUCACCACCAAAGCCAACUACAACAGCGCUGGCCAAACAUCCCAGGCCACGCCCUAUGCCACCACUCAGAUUCUCCACUCCAGCAGCAUCCACGAGCUGGCUGUGGACCUGCCCGAGGCCCAGUGGAAGGCCUCGCUCCAGGCCAAGCAGGAGAUGGCCAACCUGGGCUACUCCCUGCCCGACAAGAAUUCCUGCAACAACACCCUCCUUUUCAUUCCUGACUACCGAUUGGCCGAUGGAUUGUCUAAUAGAAUACCACACAACCAAUCACAAGAUUUCAGCACCACCAGCUCUCACAACAGCUCAGAGCGAAGCGGCAGUCUCUCAGGCGGUAAGGGAGGAAAGAAGAAGAAAACCAAGGCUGGCUCCAAACCCACCAAAGCCAACGGCUCGAGCUGGGCCAAUGUUCCCCUGCCCCCUCCCCCUAUACACCCGCUUCCUGGCACUGAGAUGGACCAUUAUCCCAAUGAGCACCAUGAGGGAGGAGGGUAUGAGAGUGACGGUUGGGGCCCCCCCAUGCCCGUGCAGACCUAUCUUCAUCAGGGCCUGGAGGACGAGCUGGAGGAGGAGGAGGAGAGGGUCCCCACCCCACCCAUCCGAGGAGUCGCCUCCUCCCCGGCUGCUGUGUCCUUCGGGCAGCAGUCCACGGCCACUCUCACCCCUUCUCCUCGGGACGAGAUGCAGCCCAUGCUCCAGGCCCAUCUGGACGAGCUGACCAGAGUUUACCAACUGGACAUGGCAAAACAGACAUGGCACAUGCAGGGAAGCUCCCUUCCUCCUCAGGCUCCCGCUCCUCCAGUGGGCUACGUGUCGAGCACAAUGGUUUCUGACCAGGAGACUGACCUGCCAGAUGAGGAGGAGGAGGAAGAGGAGGAGGAGGAGGAUGAAGGCUACGGAGCCAGGCAUCCCCGCGGGAUUGAGCACACACCGGGGUCGAGCAUGGACAACCUGGACAGCUCUUUAACAGGUAAAGGCUUGUCCCACCGGCCCCGGCCCAGCAGUCCAUUCUCGACAGAUGGCAGCACAGUCGGCACACACAGCUUGGGCCACCAGAGGGCCCCCAGACCCACACGCAAGCCCCGAAGCCAGGGCACAGCACCCCACCGGAGAGAGGCUGCUGCAGACGACCUACCUCCUCCACCUGAGCCUCCUCCCAGCCAGGGGCAGAGCCGUACCCAGGGGGCCCGCAGCGCAACCAGCGUGGCGCCCCCUACAGAGCGGAAGGCUUCUUCUCUGGAGCGUCCGCCAUUAUCAGGACCCCUGUCUGGGCCGGAGGACAUGAAGAGCUCCAUCGACAGACAGACACGCACUUCUCUGGAACAUUAUCGCCAGGGUCAAGACAGGCUGGGCUCCGUGGACCGGGCUGAGGAUGGACGCAGGGGACAGAUAACAGAGGAAGGGUGCCUGCCAUACAGUAAACCAUCGUUCCCCUCCCCUGGUGGGCAGAGCUCCUCCGGCACUGCCUCCUCCAAGGGCUCGACGGGGCCACGGAAGGCCGAGGGUCCACGACAGCCACAACAGUGGACCGCCACAGAGCACGCUGAAUUCCUGGGGGCCAACGGACAGGGACAGUACUCGGGGGAGUUAUAGUGAUCCGCCCGGGAUGUGAACUGGAGGAAACUCAGUCUGUCCACGAAAGAAUGACGCCCUCGUUGUUGGGGCAACGAACUUUGUCCUCAGCUGUGAGUUCUCAGAGGGAAGGAGUGCAGCCGAGGGCACGACGGAGAGCAGCAGUGUCACAGAACUGUAAAUGUGAUGUAUAGACACAGACAUACUGUACAUCUCACUAUGUUUUCGUCCUCAAGAAAAAUAUUUUCCACCUCCUACCUUACUUUGAUUUUUCUUUUUGUUAGAAAAAGGCAAGUUUAACAAAAAAAAAAAAGAAAACAUAUAUGAGAACAAAUUUUUCUGAUAACUGCCCUCGUGAAAGAGGGAAUUCUGUUUCCUGUAAAUAUAACCUGUCACUUGUUGUUGCAUUGCUAUGCAAGCCUAAUUCAGUUUGAGCUUUUUAUUUCCAUAUACAGGAACAGUUGGUUUUAUCUGGUUAUUUGUAUUAUAUGUGAAUUGCGUGGCUGCCGUGCCAUAAAAAUAAUUGUUUUAUAAUCCAUUGUUUGUUAAUAGCUACCAUUAAUUAUUAUUAUCAUUAUUAUUAUUAUUAUUAUUAAUUAUUGUUUUUGCACUGCAAUUUUUUGGUGAUAAGCACAAAAACAUAGCUCCUGCUGACAUGAAGAACCGGAAGAAUAUGUGAAGAGGAGUUUCUGUACUGUAAAGAGAAGAAAAUUAUAUACUAAUGUACAGAGAGAUAUUAAAGAGUAAGGCUUUGCUGACGCACAGCAACAGAUAACGUGCCCAUUUCCAUAGUCUAGACUAAUCGGGUGGCAGACACAAGGUUCCUGAGGGUCUGAGGAACAGAUACGAGGCUGGAAGAACUAUAUGCAGACGAUACUGUAUUUAUUACUGAUGGUAACCGAGUUGAUCAUGUAAUUCCUAAUUUUGCUGUCUGAUAAUAAUUGUUUAUCAGAAACAUUUAGAGUUCAGUGCUUUGGGGGCGGCCCCCAGGCUUUUUCCGAGAGAAUGUUGUGUUCUUUUCUUUUCUUUUUUUUUUUUUGUUAAAUGGUCUCCAAGCAUUUCAAGUUUUAUUUUUUUUUCUCUUGUGAUUUACUGCCUAAAUAAUUUUUUAGCCGCACAAAGUUUACGCUCCUCGUUCGGCAUAACGGCGCACUCACCAUAAAACAGUCACAGGGAGGGAGGAGCCGCUGGGAUCUGUCGCUGUAGCUCAGUCAUAGCACUUACAGACAGAUUUAUGAUUCUUCUCAGGCCUUAAUAGGUGAACACACAUCGCAGGCAGAGGGAGGAUUUACUGUGAUCAGUAUCGAUUAUACUGCCAGACUUACCUAAAAAUAUCAGUGGAGCAAUAUCAUUUGUUUACAUCUUUUUUACGUUUUGGAUUUUUUUUUUGUCUUUAAUUUCCAUCCAUUUUUAAUGUUGUUUGCUUUUUAGAGCACUUACCGUUUAUUGUUCAUUAUAUGACACUGUACACGGUCGUUUAAAGGAAACAACACAUCGACCUGUUCAGUUCAGCUGAGGGCUGUUAAAUUCAGACGAUCCGUUAAAAGCAGUUAAAGUUCGGUGCCUGAGUUACCAAAACCCGAUGAUCAGCACAGUCACGUGUCAGUAACUUUGAGGGAGAAAUUGGUGUGUGUGUAGGAUUGUAGCUUUUGAGUUGGUGUUUGAUUCCCCGACGGUGGAGCGAUGGCGGAGAAAAGCCUUGUACAUUAACGAGCAGGUCGGCUGCUUCAUGUCUCCAGUCACAGUGUGGAGCAGAACACUUUCUCUCUCACGCACGUCUGCCCGACUCCUCAACCUCUGAUUCUCCAAUUUUUUUAUCGGUUGUCCUUUUAUUGAUGAAAAGCUUGUUUCUUCGUAUGCCUUCUAAAGACUCAGAAACUCUGAUUACAACAACGUUUUUAAUAUUACUGUUUCAGGAUUUUUGUGGUUCGAUGACUGUUUGUUUUUUGUCUUUUUUUGUACUGCUAAUGUUGAUAAACCGGGGGGUGGAAACUAAAGGCCGUCAGAUGCUGUUGUACUGUUGUUGUCAUGCCAUCGUCAUUUUAUAUCCUCCGCCCAGUGGCCAGUGUUCUGGAAAUGAGGUGCAAAGAGUAUCUCAGGUUAUUUUACAUUCUGGUGGUGUUUAUGUAUGUGUAUAUAUGUGUAUAUAUCCAUAUACAUCUCCACUUGAUUAUGCCAUUCCAUUGUCAUUGACAGAAACGUCCCUCUCACGUCUGAUUCUUUCAUCCCCUCUUUUUCUUUCCUGCUGUGGAUUUUGAUUCUGAGUAUAAUGUGCUGGCUCAGCCACCUAAAGACAAGAUGUCAGUUAAAGAACAUACCAAAUUAAGAUUGAUAUUUCUAAUGUCUAAUGCGUUUUAGUGUCUCUUUAAUACUCAUUGUUUUCUUUUGAAUCACAGUGUCGUUUUGUAUUUAUUAAAAUGAUAAUAAAAAGUAUAUUGUGAAAAUAUGCAUAAAGAUUCGUGGGAUAUAAAAUGUGUUUUUUUUUUUGUUCCUUGUAAAGUUUUUGCUGUCAGAGCCGAGCAGCGAGGAGAUGAUCGGCACGCUGGGCUCGGAGCACGGUGAGGUGCCGGCUCAGUGGUCGUCUGAGUCACUCUUCGUCCUGCAUGUUCACCACACUGCUCCUCUCAUGUCAAAACUAAAGAAACUAAAAACCUUUCUGAACACAUGAGCCAAAAACUAUGGCUCACAAUUUGCUUGUCAAGACAAUUGAGGAAAAAAAGGUCUUUUUUGGAAGGAUGAAAGUACUUUGGCUUUCCCUCUCUUUUCAUUUUCUCAAUAUCGUUGGUUCUUUGUAGCCUAUCUGUGUGUUGCCUUUUUGCUAUAAAACAAGAUUAAAAAUGACAAAAAGAUCAAGUUGUUGGGUGAAGUCUUUCUGUACAGUACGGGGGUGAGGCGACACCUCAGUCCGACGCCAUUUCUACAGUACAGUACAUUCUGCCUUCUUUUCUUUUUCUGUAAACCACCUUCUUUAUUCACUUGCAUGUCCUUGUCCAAGAAGAGAGUGGAUCAAGAAAAUAAAAACUUUUACAGUCUCAUCCCCAUGUCCUGUAAGAUAAAUCCAUGUUCCUUUAUUUCCUUGUACCUGGAUCAAUAUCAAAUAAAAUAUUUUUGAAAAAUGAAAAAA